AUGAGAACCUGCCUCGGCUGCAAAGCCAUGCCCAUCCUGCUCCUGCUGCUCCUGGCUGCCGGUGCCCGCUGCCAGCCCUCCUGCCAGCACUUCUCCCAGCUCCUGCCUGCAAAGCUCAGGGAGCUGAGAGUCAAGUUUGAGGAAAUCAAGGAUUAUUUUCAAUCGAAGGACGAUGACCUCAGCGUGCAGCUGCUCAGCUCCGACCUGCUGGAUGAAUUUAAGGGGAGCCUGGGCUGCCAGUCGGUGUCGGAGAUGAUGGGGUUCUACAUGGAGGAGGUGCUGCCCAGCGCCAUGAGGACCAGCACGCACCACCAGCAGAGCAUGGGAGACCUGGGCAACCUGCUGCUAAACCUGCGGGCGAUGAUGAGGCGCUGUCACAGAUUCUUCACGUGCGAGGAGAGGAGCAAAAGCAUGAAGCACGUGAGGGAAACGUUCAGCAAGAUGGACCAGAAUGGAAUCUACAAGGCCAUGGGAGAGUUUGACAUUUUCAUCAACUACAUCGAAAAAUACUUGAUGAUGAAGGGGAGGAACUGAAGACACCCCUGGCUCUGCCUUUUCCACACCAAAUCCUGCUAUUUGUUCAGAAAUCACUUCAGGCUGCAACAGCUCAGGUUAUCUCAGGGCUCAGUCAUGGGUCAAUAACUUCCAGUUCACUAUCAUAUUUAAAAGGUUUUUUUUAAAAAUUUAAUAUUUAUUACUUUUGAUACCUCAGUGUUAAUGUUUACAAUAUGUUUUGAAGAAGAGUAUGAGCUUGGAAACUACUAUUUAUUGUUUGAUAUUUUAAUACUGUUUAUCAUAGUGCUGUUUCAUUCAUAGCUUCCAAACACCCAAAGCAGCAUUUUUCUGGAGAGCAGACAAUGAACAGAGUUUAUAGCAAGUGAAAUUCCACUCCUGAUCAGGAGGAAUUCCAGCUCUGAAAUGAACAAAGUUUAGUUUUAAGCAAAUUACACUCUCCUUACGUUCUAUUUCUCUAUUUAUUUAUGCAAUCAGAUGUUUUUAUGUUUAUGAAGAGGAGGACCUGUACUCCCAUAACCACAGCAACAGCUCAGUUAAUCUACCUCUAGACUUCAACCUAUAAAUUAAUCCAGAUUCUAGGAAAAAACAAAUAGUAGUAAGAAUGAAAUGUUUGGUUCUAAUAGAACUUGACUUAAAUAUUGCUAAAUAUCUACCUUCCAGAGCUGCUGUGUUGGCCAUUCUGCACUUUCAGAAGUUCAUUUUACUAUAUAUAUUUUUUUUUACUCACUGUUUUAUUAUCUAUUUUCUUUUAUAAAUUAGAGGAUAUUUAAUUCACCACCAUUUUAAGGUGGCUUGUGUAAUUUGCAUUCAAAAUCCACGAAGCUGCUUCCAGCACUGACAGUGUUGGGGUUUGGUUUCUAAUCCCCACGUGCUGCAGGGGGGAGGCUGCAGUGAGAGCAGCCUCGGUGGCCCCAAAAGUGGCUGAUUUUAGGGCUCACCUUCCUCCUCAGCCCAGUCUCCUGUGGGCUCCCCGCAGGACACUGAGCCAGAGGGAAAUGCCACAACCCAGAGGCAUUUACUUCUAAUAUUUAGAAGUGAAAGGGCCCCAAUACGAUGAAACACUGCCAGUUUGCUGUUUGCUUUGUAAGUCCCCGCUGAAGAGAGGCUAUUUAUAGUGGAUUUAUUCUGUGUGUACAUUGAUGGUGACAGAAGGGCAUUCCUGCUGGCAGCCUGCCCGCCUGGGAACUGGUUAUCCCGGAGUUAGGGCAGGAAUGCUGCUCCCUGGAUGGCUCCUCCUGCUGAAAGCAGUGGGGUGGGCACGGGCUCAAGGGCAGCGUGGGAGCCAAACACUCUAAAACUGCAAUUAAGCUUCUUACCAGGACACGUUUAAGCUCCCGUUGAGCCAACUCUCUGCUUGUUUUUCCAUCAAACACCUUGACUUCCACGCUGGAGGGGAGGCAAGGACAGCCCUGGAGCCGUGCUGAGAGCCAAGAGCAACAUCAGCUCCACUCCUGGGGGGGGUCACAGUGG